AUCAUUUGGCAAAGAUGGGUAUUGCAAGCGAGGAAGUUCACGAGCUCGAGAACACAAAUAGCCCCAAACAAGCGACCGAGUAUACCGAAGAGAUUGCCAUAGCCCGUCUCACAGAUGAGGACGUCCAUAAGCUUUCCAGGGAAUCCUUAACUCUCAAGUCCAAAACUGGAUGGCGACUUGCCAUGAUUCUAUUCGUUCAGGGCUGCAACCAAGCUGGCUAUGGCGUUGAUUGGGCCGUCAUUGGAGGUAUCAACGCUCUUCCAGCUUUGCACGCCUGUUUCGGUUUCGGAUAUAGUGGUUCUACCAUCGGUGUCAUCAAUGCGCUUAUGACCAUUGGCACUGUCUGCGGUGCUCCGUUCCUGGGCCUGGCGGACGUGAUUGGUCGCCGUGGUGUCAAUUUUGCUGGCAAUGUCAUCGUCAUUUUUGCUGCACUGUUGCAGGCUUGGGCAAAGAACACCGAGAUGUUCUUCAUGGGCUUCGGUACCGUCCUCAUGAGCUCUAGUCAGUACAUGGCUGAGAUCUCGCCAAUCCAUCUUCGUGGCAGAUUGGUAGGUGUAUUUGGUGCAUGCUUCCAGGUCGGAUCCCUCGGUAUGACUGGUGCCAUGAUCGGCCUCACCACACUCGAAGGCAACUACUCCUGGCGGAUUCCGUUGCUUCUCCAAGCAGGCCUUGCGCUGGUUGUUUGCGUUACUAUCUACCUCUUGACUCCAGAAAGUCCUCGAUUUUUGGUCAAAGUGGGAAAGAGGGAUGCCGCAAAGCAUGUUGUUGCCAAGUACCACACCACUAGUGGUAACCUGGACGAGCCUCUGGUGAACGUAGUAAUCAGCCAGAUUGACGAAUCCCUUGAGAACGAANNAAAAGCAUUGGCUGGCGCUUGGUGGGACUAUCGGGUCUUCUUCACCAAAGCCGUCAGGUUCCGUAUGCUGGUCUUGACUCUGUACUCCAUCUUCCAGCAGUGGAAUGGAGGCGGUAUCAUCACCUACUACUUGACUCCAGCCUUGAUCCUGGUCGGUAUCAAGAAGCCCAUGAAGCAACUUGGAAUAAUUCCGAGCUUGAGAAAUCGUACUAAACUUUGGUUAGCNCAGCUCGGAUCGACCGCCGUAUACUUCGUCUUCACUCUGUUCGGCUCUUAUAUCAUCGAUAAGUUCCGCAGACGUUCCCUCAUCUUCGCCGGUCUUAUCAGUAUAAUCAUCUUGCAGACCGCGACAACGAUCACGUCAUGGCAAUAUAGUGUCAACCCCACACAUGCAGCGGCAGGGUUGACCAUCCUUUGGGUCUACACCUUCCAAGUCUGCUCAGCAACUUUCAUCGCGACCAUGCACAACCUGUAUCCAGUGGAGAUACUAUCACUGGCGCUCCGAGCACGAGGUAUGGGCGUCUACUCCUUCAUCCAGGGCGCAGCAGGUAGUGUCCAGAAUUGCGGCAUCGCGGUCGGCAUUAACAAGCUCGGAUACAAGAUCUGGGCUGUCUAUGUUGUGUACAACACUCUGCAGCUCAUUGCGUCAUAUUUCAUNUUUCCAGAGACGUACGGCUUGAGCUUGGAAGAAAUUGAUGUCGUCUUCGGGACACCUGGCGCCAAUCCAGUGAAGAUCAGUCUUGACAUCCAGAAGGCCAAGAACCAGAGGAUUGUGUUGGAAGAAGAGGUUGAUGGGUUUAAGGGGGAAGUU